UCAGCGCAUAGCCGUUUCGCCCUUUGAUUGGCCAAAAUGUACACAUCAAGGAGGAAAAUCCACAAAGAUCAGGAUGCUGAGCCCACUGAAUUUGAGGAGACUGUUGCACAGUACCUCUUUGACUUGGAGAACACUAAUCAGGAGCUAAAAAGUGACCUGAAAGAUCUCUAUAUAAAUCAAGCAGUCCAAAUGGAUGUCUCUGGAAAUCGCAAGGCUGUUGUUAUCUAUGUGCCUUACAGGUUGAGAAAGGCAUUUCGCAAAAUUCAUCUUCGACUUGUCAGAGAGUUGGAGAAAAAAUUCAGUGGCAAGGAUGUUGUCUUGAUUGCCACUAGGAGGAUUGUGCGGCCGCCGAAGAAAGGCUCUGCUGUCCAGCGACCACGCUCUCGCACAUUAACUUCUGUUCAUGAUGCCAUCUUGGAGGAUGUUGUGCAUCCUGCUGAAAUCGUUGGCAAGCGAAUCAGAUUCCGUGUCGAUGGAUCAAAGAUAAUGAAGGUUUUCUUGGACCCUAAGGAACGCAAUAACACUGAAUACAAACUGGGGACCUUUUCUGGAGUUUACAGGAAGCUCACUGGGAAAGAUGUGGUAUUCGAGUAUCCGAUCGCAGAAGCUUGAAGAUCAUGUCAUUUUUUUCCUUUUUGCUGUGAAGAUGAAGAGCAUUAUCAUGUGCAGCGUUUGUCUGUUAGAAAAUUAGAACUUGUGUUUAAUCCCGGCCAAAAUUUUGACUUUGGAUUUUACUUGAUGCUUGUUUUCACAUCAAAACUAGUAUGUAAGAGUAAUUUUUUUUCGGAACUCGGACUCCUAUCAACAUCCCAUCUUAUUCAUACCACCUGAGUAUUUAUCAUGGCGUGAAGCUCCUAGAUUAUUAUUUUUAGCCAUAAAAGAGUGAGCUUGCCAAAUGUGUUCAUGAAUUUAAUCUUAUUUCUUUUAGGGUUAUGUUAAUACUGA